UCCUUUCAUUCUUCAUUCCCUUCUGCAUGGUUCAUCCGCCAGCGCCGAAAUUUGUCUCACUCGGAUCUGGGUUCAUGGUUUAUCAUGCUUUGCUUUGCUCUUCUUUUCUUCCUUCUGGCGUUGGGAUUUUCGAAGAGGCUCGGUUUCGUCGCCCCUAGACGAAACGGCGUAGCCACGCCGAAGUGCGGUACAGGUGGACGGGCUUUUCUAUGUUGUGCUGGAUUUGUUUUCAGCACAGGGCAUGGGGCGGGCACAAUUGGUUCGGCUUUUAUCGCUUGCUUGCUUCGCUUGCAUCGGGCCAUCGGUGGCAGGAUUCUCUCAGUUUCUUUCGUUCUAUUUCCUCAUUUUGUUUUUAUGUCAUAACCUGCUAUUUGUUUGUAUGCCUACGUCACGUUUCUGGUCCAUUGAUACUACAGCCACCCCGC